CUCGUAUCUUUUUUCCUGCCUUUUCUGAGCACCAGACUUGUGCCUGUAAGAUGACAUCGCAGGGGUUGGUUGGAUCGUGAUCCCGCUUAGUGAUUUUGAUAAAGACUUUUAUAGCGUUUGGAUUUGUCUUGGUUCUUCGCAUGUGCUUCUUCUCUGGUGUACGCCGUGAAUGGAAGAUUUACUUUUACGUUUAUAGGAAGUCCACACAAGGAAUAACUAAAACAUUUGACCUAAAAGUAGUUAUAUGUAAGUGCAAUCGAAUUUUUCGGCUUCCAGAGAAGUAUAUUAUGAUCGUAUCGUCAAUGUUCUAAUUAUAAACCUUAACAAGAACAGGCCCUCAUCAUAGACCAGCUUGUUGAUCCCAUGUUGAAAGAUUAAAUUUCAAAUAUCAAUCGGGUCAUGCUAAUGCUGCUAAUUGAAAACUCAUAGCCAAAAGUACAUGCAAUAUUUUCUACGGGCCCCUCAAGGCCCCGGGCCCCCUGGUAACUACCCUGGUUACCCCCCCCCCCCUCUCGACGGUCCUGAUUUUCGUACAGGAUCUUGCCUCCCUCUAAUGAUUUCAACCCACAUAAUACACUGGGGUCGCAAAAGUAUGGAAGCGGUAGGGCAAAAUGGCGGCUCACAGUGACCGUGACCACGGGCCUCAGCCGACCAAUUUCACAAUCAGAAUUAUGAGGCGAAGGGGCUUGGAAACGAUAGGUUAUGGCGGGAAAAUGGAGCGAUGUUAUGGCUGGAAAAAUGCUUUCACCAUUCCUUCAACUUCGGUUUAAAGAAAUUUAAUGAUCGGUUUGCUGUUUUGAGGGGAGAAAUUCAGCAAAACUUUGGAGCAUCGCUUCAAAACAAUUCUGUAAAAGAUUCCCUGAGCAUUCAUAAAAUUUGACCACGAAACGUUACUUAGGGGUCAUCCAUAAAGUACGUAGGUUGAUGCUAAGAAGUAAAGGCAGCCAUUCAGGUGACUCUAAGGAAAAAGUAUCGUUAAACUCUGCUGGCAACUUCCAAAGUACACCACCCAUUCCUUUGAAAGCUGAAAAGACAGAGGCAAAAAUAAAAGCAACCAGGUGGCUAUGGAAUGAUGAGAUGACCAAAUUUCUAAUCGUUUGCCUUCAUGACUAUAAAAAGAGAAAGGAACUUGAGGGUAUAGACAUUCAAUCAGAUUUGGUAAACGUGUAUGAAGAUGUCAGACAAAUGAUGGCUGCAUUGUACCCCCCUGAAAACUUUGGUCCAGUUAAUGUAUCCAGCAUAACUCAAGGAUUAAAUAAAAGAGAACAUCACAAACAAUUCAAUAUCAUACAAGAAGAAAGGAAAGGCAUCAAACUUGGAUAUGGGCGAAUCAGGGACAAAAUAAGAGAAAUGAGGCGCAAUUUUAAAAAGGCAAUCACGGAAGGUACCAAGGCUGAAAGUGGAAGGGUCAUUCUCCAAAACUGGGAGUACCUGAUGAAUAUUUGGGGUGAGUGCCGUUCUGAGAUCAAAAUAGAGGGAGCAAUCACCCCACAAGUAUUUAUCUUGAAUGAUAAUAACGAUGUUGAUGAACAACAAAAUCAUAUUCUACUUAAUGAGACUGAGGCACAAGGAAGGGAAGUACUAGAGGAUCAAAUCUUUAAUUCAAAAAAGUCUCAACCAUCAGAACAAUCAAAGGGUGGGUAUCUUAGCAACAAAAAACGUGCCAAGAUGGACCAACAACUUUCAGCUCAGCAACAAGAUAUGAUUACGAUAGAAAUAGCAAAAGAAGAAUUAGAGUUGACGAAAAAUAUUGCAGAAAAACUAGAACAAUCUGCCAAAAGUUUGGAAAAUGUUGUUGAGACAAUGGCAAAAUCCUUAACAGACUUAAGUAACAUCCUGAUGUUGCUGUCAAGAUCAACAGCUUCAGGACAGAAUGCCAAAUAGCCAAGCAUUGUCAUUGCCACCUCAACAUCAAAUUAUCACAUAUUUCCACUAUGACGCACUCAGUAGCAAGUAUAUACCAAUUUUAACUCUUUUUUUAAGGACAAUACAGAAAACCGUCACAGUUAACCAACUGGAAAUAUGAUAAUGAAAUUUAGACUUUUCCUCUCAAAAGCUCUGAAAAUUUAAAUAUUUCAUAUAUUUUUAAAUGUUUUUAGAAAAUACAAAAUUUUUCCUAGGAUCCAUCUCUUUUAUAAAAUAAAUUGAAAAAACUUAUUAAUAUUAUAAAACGUAACCCGAAUUAAAUUAGUGGUUGGAAAUGACAGCAGAAUAGAAACACCAGUUAUGCUGGGUUACAAAAUAUUUGAAUGGUGAGAGCUGAAAGGCAGAUGCUAAGGUUAAGUGACAGUUCGUUUCCAUUCAAGUGUACUCCCAUCACAGUGGGGAAAACUGAUCAAAGUGCAGCUUGCAUGAAAUCAAAACAAGCCAAUUUUAUUGGAUAAUUAUCAAAUCUAUUUUCAUCACAACAAAAGUCACUUGGAGAUCUCCACUUUGACUCAGGUCAUUCAAUUUAACAUUCAAUUGUUAAUAUAUUUCGUUAAUGCUUCUUGGUAGAUACAGUCUUUACAUUUUUCAGUUUUUAAAAAACGACCAAACAAAAAUGCUAUAAACAUGUACUCGUGUAUUUUAACGUAAUGGUUUUUUAACUUUAAUUUAAUUCGAAAAUGGAAAAACAUUUGUAAAAAAUCUAAAGUUGUUUUUAAUGAAAUAUUUUUAAAACCAAUUAAGAGGACAGUUUCUCCAAAUGUUUUCUUGAAAUUUUAAUUUCAGUAUUCAUUCCUCUUAGAUCAUCGUCCAAUUAAUUUUAUAUUGCCAACCAGUUUGAUAUAUUCCAGGAUUACACUAUUGCCAUCUCUUUCUUCUCAACAUAAGUCUUCUCUGACAUCUGUAUCUUGCCAAGACUCAAUUCUUCUCCUCUAAUACUUGAUUUGCCAGGAUUGGCAGUUAUAAGUACAGGGCAA